CAGAUAUUAGGCUGUUCGCAAAUAUGCCUGAACGGAAAAGCUUCACAGGACCCCUAAUCCGCGUCUGUCCUCAUUACAAUACUGCUUGAUCAAACAAAAUGACUGUAGAAGUUGAGAGAAAAUUCGUUUGUGAUGCAGAAAUUAUGGGGAAACUACAAGAUAUCGGAGCUAAAUGCAUUGGUCAGCGGCAGUUCAGAGACCAGUACUUUGACUCCCCAGAUUUCAUCCUCACGCUAAAAGAUUUCUGGCUGAGAUGCCGAGAGGGAUUGUGGGAGUUGAAAUGCCCUGCAGUUUCAGGAACUACAGCUGGCAAUGACACCGAUGCCCUUUGCACACGAUACAGAGAGAUAACCAGUCUCCCUCUGAUUCAAUCAGAAGUCAGCAGGAUAAUCAGGGAAUGCGCCGCUGAAGGGAGGGAAUCAGAUUCCUCACAAAGGGAACAAAUUGACAAAGUCGCAGAAAAUGAGGACACCGAGAUCUGUUCAGCAGAUGACACAAAGUGGCUGGAUGACCUCAAUCUGGUCUGUUUUGCCGAGUUCAAGACCGAGCGACGCUCUUACACGCUAGAGAGGGAGGCCAGUGUGGUGCGGGUGGAUCUGGACCAGGCUGAUUUCGGAUAUUGUGUGGGAGAGAUUGAGGUUCUGGUGCCUGAAGGAGUUGACAUGAAUGCAGCUCUGCAGAGGAUCGCAGGCAUUGCUGAAGAACUGGGUUUAAGCUCUGAGAAGAAAGUUAAUGGGAAAAUGCAUGUUUACCUUCAAAGAUAUCGGCCUGAACACUAUGCAGAGCUUCUUAGUGCUCGCAUCUUAUAAGGAAUCAUUAGUGUAACAUAUCAUUUGUAGUUUUGAAAUUCUGUUUCAUUUAUGAUUCAUCCUUAAUGCUCAUAUUUUAAUGAGAAAAUAAGCACUGGUGACAUAAUUUAUAGUGUCUUAUUGUGAUUAACAAAUAUAUUACUUGUGUUUUAUGCGAGGUACAGAAGUCAAUCAAUUACACAGUAGUCAAUAAAAAAAAUGUAUGGUAUAUAGGUAGUUAUAUAUCAUGGCAAUUUGGGUUAGUUAAACAGCUAUCUGAUUAAAAAUAUGAAUAUGUUACAAGUUUCUGUGAUUUUUUUUUUUUUUUUUUUUUUUAAAUAUAAACAAGAGUUCAUUUUUUUCUGUUUCUGUUAUAGAAAUUUGAGGUUUUGAUUUAUAUGAUUUCUCUCUUUCUAACAAAAUGACAUGUGUCAUGGACAUUAGGGAACAGCAAGCUCUUCAAUUAAGUGUGCAAUAUUUUAAUGAGUUGUAUGUAAGUUUGAUGUGUUAGAUUGUCUGACCAAUAAAAUCACGUCCUAUAUGAAAAUAUUAAA